UCAACAAGAAAAAUCUACCAGUAUACAAGAAAGUAGGAAUAUUAGUAGGUAUAUAAGAAACAAGACACAUAUGGGAAGUAUAGAUAUGACAAUACUUGUAUACCGUAGUGCUGAGGUUGAUGAUAUAGAAAACUUCUUUUUCGAUUACGAAGGCUAUGCUAAAGCAAAGAAAUAUAAUGAAGAGACCAUUUGCUUUAGAAAAAUCAUAAGUAAGGUUAAGGCGGACAAUGAAUCUGAAUUAAAGAUAGUUUGGUUGAAACAUUUGAAGCAGGGUAAUAAGGAGUCUGUUAGAGAGUAUACAAAUAGGACCGAUGAGAAACAUGAUUGGUUCAUACAAGGCCUAAAGGAGCCAUACUAUUCAAAAGUUGAAAAUUAUUAUCCUAAAGAUUAUGAGAAAGUGAAGAAGAAAGCGUUGGGUAUAGAAGAAUAUAAGAGAAAAAGAGAUCAUAGAUAUGAGGAUCAACCUACAUCUGAGGAUACACCUUAUUUCAAUAAGCCUGAUGCAGAUAUUGACAGUCUUGUGACUAAACUUGCGGCUUUGAAAAUCAAUUGUAUGGAUCAAGAAGGACAAUUAAAGUGUGAUUAG